GCUGGACAGUCAUUUUGUGGUGGCGUGGUGCCUUGCUAUGCACUGCGUGUAUUUGUAAACACACGUUUCCGAUUUGAUCAGAAUCUUUUUCUUGCCUUAAUAUCGAAGUAAUUGUACUUAAUAAUAAUAAUAAUAAUAAUAAUAAUAAUAAUAAUAACACCACCCUUGGAAUCAUGCUGCAACUCAAUGACUCAGUAGAACCUGAAAGCCCGGGCGCAGCUGUGCUCCACACCGGGGGAAAUGAUGAUGGCGUGGAGGUAGCAUUUACCCCACCGGGGGUACGGGGGAUCCGGCCCGGAUUGCACCAGCCCCCGCACGGUUCCCUCACCAUGCAAGGAGCGGGGUCUUCGGUUGCUUGCUGUUCACCUUUACAGACACUGACGCCUUUUCACGUUCACAAUCCGACAAUGCAAGCUAAAGUCAAAGAUUACUUUGUGUUCAGGCCAGGCACGAUUGAGCAGGCCGUGAAUGACAUCCGCUCGGUUGCCUUGCCAACCGAGGACGGAGAGGUCCAGAGCGUUUGGCUUCUGGCAGAAAUAGACCACUGGAACAACGAGAAGGAGCGCCUGGUGCUCCUCACAGAUUGGUCCCUCCUGGUCUGCAAGUACGACUUCAUCAACCUCCAGUGUGAGCAGGUGGUCCGAGUCUCUCUCAAUGCUGUCGACACCAUCUCCACAGGGGAGUUCCAGUUCCCGCCCAAAUCCCUCAACAAGAGAGAGGGUUACGGUAUACGGGUGCAGUGGGAUAAACGCCCCCGAGCGUCCUUCAUGAGCCGCUGGAAUCCCUGGUCCACCGACAUGCCUUACACCACCUUCACAGAGCACCCCAUGGCCUACGCUGAUGAGAAGAUUGCUUCCCUUUGUCAGAUGGACAACUUCCAGACGCAGUUGAUCCAGGCGGUAAAGAAGGCCCACAAGGACUCCCCUCUCCCCGGCAGGGCUAAUGGAGUGCUGAUUCUGGAGCGGCCCCUUCUCAUCGAGACCUAUGUGGGGCUGAUGUCCUUCAUUAACAACGAGGCCAAGCUGGGCUACUCCAUGACCAGAGGCAAAAUCGGAUUUUAACUAACUAACCAGCUUGUUGUUGCCACUGAGCGUCGUAUUUUACAAUGCGAGUAACAUACAAGUUUGUGUGUGUGUGUGUGUGUGUGUGUGUGUGUAUACAUAUGUAGUUAAUGACCCACAGUUGAACUGUUGCAGGGUCUUAACUUAAACCCAUGAGUCUUCAAUAUAACUGCCUCGGCACAGACAGCACAUCUCACGUUUAUAAAGCUACAGCAUGAGCCAAACUCGUAAAGUCCCACAGCCAAACGCUUGUGCCAUGCGUCGUCACAUCUGCAGUGUCACAUAGAUUACAGCUGUAACUUCUUCCACUGAACAGAAAAUUUGCAAAAAGGAGGUGUCUGUAUUGUUUUGGGAAAUACAGAAAUGCAUGAUGCAAUGUGGUGUGUAUGGGGGAAAGCCAGCUGUAGAUAAUGGGGGGGGGGUGGGGGUUGGGUACAUUUCUGAGUAUUUUAGCACAAGCUGUUAUCUGUUGUUUAUUAACAGUCCUGUGCACUUGAAUGCUGUUUUUUUGUUUGUUUAUUUGUUUGGAUCAGAUCAGAUCCAGCUACAGAUUCCCCUGUGCAUUGAUCACUGUAAGGGAGUGCAAAGCAGCAUCUAGUUUCCUGACACAUUAACACGAGCUUCAGCAGCCCCUAAUUGGAUUGAAGCUGUUUUGGCAUUGUUCUGUUUUGAUAUUAAAGUGACGGGAUUAGAGGACCUACAUUUUAAUGUGUGACAAACCCUUGGCAGUUGUAUGAGGUAGAAUUAUCACUCUGGACUUUGAUCAUUUAGACAGUUAGGACUUUUUAUCUGAUCUCCAGUGUAGCACAAUUUGCUUGAUGGUGAAAGUCAAAUCAAUGAGUAAGUUGAGUGUGUGUUUUUUUUUUUUUUUAAGUUAACAAAUGGCGCUUAGGCUCCAUGGCAGAAAAAACAGGUUUCGUAAUCCAUGCACAUUUACACAUUGCAUGCAGAUCUAAAGCCCCUCCUGGUGACAAAAGCACAA